CCUGGUUGGUUCUCCAGGAAGAUGAGUCUUUUGUCUCAGUCUCAUUUUUUAGUCACUAAUCAAUAAGUAUUGUUUUCUCUAAUAUUUUCCUCCUCUCAGUGAGGAAGCUUGUUCUGAAAAUUAGAGUUAAAAAGUCCAACUCAGCCAUCAGCUCUGUACAAAUUAGUGUAACUAGGUAAAAUAUCUCCCACCCCUCCAUCUCUCAUUUAAGCUCCUUCUGCAUUUUGUGGCCUUUCUUGUCCCUUCUAUCUAAUGAAGCAGGAUGACAGACCACAGUCCUGAAAAAAACCUUGUGCGCUCACUGAACAUCAAAGAGGCCAACAUGGCGAGAGGGAAGUGAGCAAGGGGGAGAGAAGAAAAGAAAGAUCAGAAAGGUAACAUUGAGCCAGGUUAAGGAGGAUCUGGUAAGAUUUUACUCUGAAAGUUGUUGCUAUAACAGUUUUGAAAAGACACCUGACACUCUUCCUGCUGAGCAACAUCAAUUUCCCUUCUAGGUUAGCAGCUUCUCUUGCUUUCUGGUUCCUGAUCACAGGGAAUGCAAAGUGCCCUGAUGGUAGGUAGUCCUGGCUUGCAGUUCACUGGGACCCUUGCUGUGUCCACAGAAAGAGAACAUCCCUUCAGGAUCAGGACAUCCAAUCCUACAGAGCUCAGAGUUGCAGGGAUGCGAGAAGAAAAUCCCAGUGAUUCAGUAGAAGUCAUAGAUAUUUCCAUGCUACCCAGGCUGGAGUGCAGUGGCAUGAUCAUAGCUUACUUCAGCCUCAACCUCAUGGACUUGAGAAAUCCUCCUAAUUCAGCCUCCAGAGUAGCUGGGAUCACAGGCUGCUACCACAGUCAGGGGCAGCUACAGGCAUCUUCACAAUUCAAUGCUGCAACCUCAAUGCCUAGAACAACACUUGGUGCAGGCUGGAACUCAGAGGCAAAACGGUCAGCAGAUGUGGCCUCCAUCCUCUUGGCAUCCUUUUGCAAGUCAGACAAUGUGCUUUGGCUGGGACACAGCUGGACCACAGAGAUGGAGAGUCUCACUCUAUUGCCCAGGCUGGUCUUGAACUCCUGGCCUCAAGCAAUCCUCCUGCCUUGGCCUCCCAAAGCACCAGAAUUACAGGUGGGAGCCACUGCCCAGCCCAGUAAUUUGCAUUUCCAUCAGUUUCCCAGGUAGUGCUGAUGCUGCUGGUCUGGGGACCACCAUUUGGGCACCGUGGGAAUAGUGGAUAAGAGUUUAGGAUUCAAGCCAUCCUUGCUUGCUCCUUCCAGGU